AUGCGCAUGCUCAGGAAGCAGGAUGUUUCUACUUCUGCCUCGUCGCAAAACAGCAUCAGGGACUUGUAUGAGUUGCUUCUGCAAAAAGAUGCACUGGAACAACGACUUGAAGGACAUCAGUUAGUGCGAAAAUCAAAUCGGUCACCAUCUCUGCGACUUCGAUUUGGAAGAAGAUCUGACCCAAGCGUUUUACCGAUUUCAGAUUAUCUGUCAGCACAGGAACAGGAAAACAAGUAAAGCCACACGAGGACUACUUUCUCCUCCACUGUCUCAUUUCAUCAAGAGUUUUUAGUUUAAAUACGUUAAAAAUAGUUGUUUCAUUGAUUAUUUUUAAUUAAAUGUAAAAAAUAUAAAUAAUAUCAGUAUAAAAAGAUGCAGUAUUGUUUAGGUCUAAAGAAUCUUUAAUAAUGUUUCAUGUGAGUACAGUGUGAAGUAUCUAUAUUACGUGGAAG